UCCACUUAAAGAUGCUCCGCCUACUGAUCUUUCUGGGAGUGUGCAUCCGCAUCCUCGGCUGCCAGGCAACCUGUAAUAAGUGCUCCGAAACACUUGUUUCCUGCGUAUCCCAGACCGAGUUCCAGUUGUGCUCCUCCGAUGGUGUGGCCAUUGGAGAUCUGUACACCUGCCCCUCGGGAUACCAUUGCAUCGCCGGCACACCAUUUUGCAGUUCCUCGUCAGUCGAGCCAGCCUGUCCAGGAUGCAAUAAGUGCAGCAGUGACAAACGCUUUGCCUGCACCAGUCGAAACACCUUCGCUCUGUGUCUAGGGGAAACUACUCCCAGUGCUUCGAUUGGAGGAAGUUGCGGCUCGGAAUUGGUGUGCAACGUGGAAAACCCCAAUAUCUGUGGCUCUCCCACCAUGUUCUCAGUGACCUGCUCCGGCUCAGGUUCAGGAACCUGCGGAUCCACGGCCAUCACCGAUGCCACCGACUAUUGUCGAACCAUGAAAAAAACAGGAAGAUUUCCCUAUGGCGGGGUAACCUCCACCACAUGUAGGCAAUAUGUGAACUGUUACACUGCUGCUGGCAUAUUCUAUGGAAACGUUUACACCUGCCCCGGACAUACUUAUUUCGACAGUACUUCCAACCUUUGUACUACUCAAACGCAGGCCAGAUGCUCGGAUACUGUGUCUUGUUUGACUUUGAAUGACCGAUUGUUGCUGUAGGGCUCAAAUUGUGAGGGCUUAGCGCAUAUUUAUUGAGUUAGUAAACAGAGGGCAAGGGAAUCUUAAUCAAAUAAAGUAAGUGCAUUAUGAAAGCAAGGGUUUUACUAUCAAGUUAGAUAAGAUGAUUAGGUUGAGCUAACUCAAAUUCAUCACGGUUGUUAUAAAACAAGAAAAUGGAAAUUAAUUUCUGUAAAAAGAUUUUUCUGCGGUUUCAGUACUUAAUUUAGAACAUAUUUUCUAUUAUGCUAUUUUCAUGAGUGCUCUCAAAUUAAAAACGAAAAUCGAUUAUACCGACCAUGCGGUACUCGCGAGUGGUACAACUCGAA